AUGGAAGCUUAUCCAACUGCUCCAACCUCCUCUUUUCCCUUCCAGAUUUAUCAUCUUCACCUACUUGAUCUGCCACUCUGCCGAUGCCAUCUUGAAGACCUGUACCCUUUCUUGGGGUUUCCCGUGGUGGCCGACGUAAAUAUUAUCCAUGAGGACUUGCUUCAUGCAAAUCCCAUUGAUUUGACGAUGAUAAUGGACGAAGUGAGCCAAGAAGUGAUUCCCAGAAGUGCAUCGAGUUCCGCGCUGAACAAGUUGAGGAAGUGGAGGUUUUUCGCUGAGAAGGAGGGCGGUGACUCUGCGAUUUGUUUAGAGGAAUUAUCUGGAGCCCGAUUCCCACUCACGAAGAUGCCGUGCUCUCAUAUAUUUCACGAACGGUGCAUCUCUCGCUGGUUGAAGGUUCGGAAUUCGUGCCCCACUUGUCGACAGGAACUUGAGGAUUGA